ACUCUACAGCUGGUACAGUUAUAAAAUGUCAUAGAGUUUAAAUGAAUUAGAAAAAUCAACUUUUACGACGUUUUCGAUACUAUCUCGUUUCCAUGGUUACUGACUGUAGAAAUAACAAAAGGCAAUGUUUACCAAAUUUUAACAUCUUGUUUAACGCUAAUGUAAAUUAUUUUUGAAACAUUUAAUACAAAUCUGUUCAACUCAAUUAUCUACUCUUGUUUAUAUGAUCGUGGGAACAGAUACCGGUAAAGAAAUUGCAUUGAAAUGCAAAAUUGUAUAAGUUUGAGGCGAAUAAAUAUAAAACUUUUAUCUGAAGCUAAUAUUUGUAGUCUUUGUUAUUGAAUACUAGAGGAUGUAGAAAAAGUUUCUUUGGGAAAAUGUGUGAAGUACAUAUAAUUGGACAGAUCCUAGGAGCUUCAGAAUUUCAGGAAAAUAAUUUAUUUUGCAAAUGGGGUUUGAACUCAGGUGGAAACUGGAAAAUUAUCGAAGGUUUAAAUGGAGGACAAACACAGCUUGACGAUCCUUUAAGUAAUGAAAUGUGUUAUUGGUGUCAUCCAGUUGAUGUUCACUAUGCUACAAAAGGGAUUCAAGGUUGGCCAAAAUUUCACUUUCAAGUGUGGCAUCAAGAUGACUAUGGUAGAGAUCAGUUCGUUAGUUAUGGAUUUUGCCAUGUACCUACUUCAAGUGGUUUUCAUGAAUUACAGUGUGUUACAUGGAAACCUGUGUCUUCUUUCUGUGACAGAAUCUAUGAAUAUUUUCUUGGAGGUGGUUUGCAACUUAAAAAUCCUUGCAAUAUAUACCAAGGACUUGAAAGAUACAGACUUCAAACAACUUCAAAAGGCAUUAUACACUUACAUUUGCAUGUAAUUACUCGAAAUUUUGAUAAGUACAAAAUUGUAACAAACUAAAAAUCAUAUUUAAAUAGGUAAUAAUUCAAAGUAUCUACCUUUAAAAUUGAUUUCAGAUUAUGUUGACUUUAUAAUAUUCCUAUAUAUAGUAUUUUAAAACUACGCAAAAUUAUAAUGAUUUAAAAAAAUGAGACAUUAAUAAAAACUUUAUCAAUUUUAACAACUGCAAAAAAUUAAAGUGCCUUAUCUGCUUUAAGAUCUACAUAAUAGUUUUUCAGCAAGAUAAAAAGUGAAUGUCAAGAAUGGAUGUAAGAUUAAAAUUCAUACUUUUGUAAAAGUUCUACAAAUUAUUAAUAAAUAGUUAAAAAGCUAA